AUAGAUCGGCAAGGAGAUGGUAAACUUUCUGUGCAGUGUGAUGUGCGUGUGGAACAUCAGACCUUGCCGGAAUGUGACGAUGAAUGCAACAUUUCUUCAAAUCUUAUUAUCAGGAUAGUCUCAAAUUAUGGGAACUGGGGCAGGUAAAAACCCGCAGGUGGGAAUGCCACUGAGUCCGACGGUUGAGUACGCCGAGAAAAGAAGUAGAAAAGAAGGAGAGCCUGUUGUAAUUGAUGCCCCAGCAUUAGUUGACCUUACUCAUGGCACGGUACGCUACAGGAAUGACGAAGAUCACAUCGUCAAAGCAGGCAAAGAACUGAAAACAGGUUACUUCUAUCAUGCAAGACUAGAAGACUACAGUGAAGCUGCAACAAUCAAACCAGAGGACAAACAUAAAUUCAGCUAUGUCUACAAAGGAACAAAUCGCUCCCGUGGCAAGCAGCUAUUCUAUGUGUAUGGCAUAGGCUUCAAUAGCAAGGAUGAACGGUUCCGAGUUCGCAAGCAGUACAAGCCUAAGGGCAGAGGUUAUGUCUGGCCAAGCUCCUUCAGGAAGGGCAACCAUUUCUACUAUGAUCUGACUUUCAUUACUCAAGAGCAUGAUUUCUCUGAAUCUGAAGACGAGGAUGAGGAUAUGAAGACAAACAUCAACCCAGACAAUAUGAGGUUCCGUCUGAAGGACACGGACACAGUUGAAGUGCUUAAGAAGCGUGCUGCAGUCAGGCUACUUGUGCCUUCUUCUAACAUCCAUGUCAGCUAUGCUGAUACUGAGCUGAGUGAUGAGGAUACUGUUGGGAAACAGCGAACAGAGGAGGAUGGGGAUUUCACAAGAUUUGUCAUCUGUCUCCAAGCUGUCUGAUGAAAUAAUGGUAUCAUUGUCAGCUGAUUAGUUACAUCUCAAGUGUUAGCAUAAACACUGAGUGUAUUUUGUUCAAGCCUUGUCUUUGAGACGUCAAUAAGCAGGUCACUUGGUGUUUAUGACCCAACUUUUGAACCAGAAAGCCACUGCGGGUAUUUCAAAAACAUUCCAUCACAACCAUCUUAGUCAUAAACAAUCUAUAGCCAAAAACAAACUGGACUUGCGCUCAGAACAAGAUUGCUUAGUACUUUUGUUACUUUAACAAAAAAAUAGUGCUAAAAAUGGAACCUUUCAAAAAAACUCGGCAUAAAAGUUUAAAUUACAAUUUACCAUAAGUUACAAAUGUACCAUACAAAUUACGUGUAAAAUUUGAUACGCUAUAUAAUUUAUGCAUUUUAGUCAAUCCAAGGGCUCUAGCUGUAUUGUCAAUGUUGACGUUAACCGUACCAGAUGUCGUUGAAACAUAUGUUGUGCUUUCAGUUAAUGCUGAUAUAUUCUGAGUUAUCAUUGAACUUCAGGCAGAAAAAAAAACAGUUAGGAGUAUUUUUAAAUUGUGUAGUGUCAUGAAGAGACAACCACAGAUGUGCUAAUGGAGUGGUGCACUCUUUAUAGUAGACAUGUUGAGGACACACAGCAUGUAUAUAGGCUGGGUUUAUUGCUUUGUAAUAGUCUGCAGUCACAAGCCCUCACAAUUCAGGUUACUAAUAACAGGAUAAACAGUGACAAAGAAAUACA